ACUGCGAAUUUGUUGUGAAUAUCGUUUGCGCACAAUACAUGUUCCACUGUAUGAUUUUUAUUUUAUUUUUUUCAAAUACUUAUUGGUACAAAUACAGAGUUAGGGGUAAGAGUGUCAUUUUCAGCAUACUUUUGGAUGAAUUGACCAUUUGACCCACAUGAUUCUUGGCAUGAAAAGACUCUUGCUGUGAAUAUACACCAAAAUGCUCACCUGGUGCCAAAACGGUCAGAAGAUUGCAUGCAUGUUCUAAUUUCUUUCCAAACCAAAGGAAGGAUAUCAUUCUCAACAUUAACAGCCUCGGAUAUUGAAAAUGGAGAUGAAGAGAAAAACAACAUUAUUCUUAAUGAUAGCCAUGGCAAUGGGGUUUUUCUGCACUGAGAGCAGAGAUCCUGUGCUGCAUAGGGUUGGAGGAGGAAGGUACACUUGGAGACCAAAAGUUAACUUCACAGAGUGGGCUAGCCAUGAUCACUUCUACAAGGGUGAUUGGCUGUAUUUUGGUUUUGACAAGCAACUCUACACUGUUCUGGAGGUGAACAAAACAAGCUAUGAGAACUGCAUUGACAGAGACUUCAUCAUGAACAUCACAAGAGGAGGGAGAGAUGUGUUUCAACUCUUGGAGGAAAAACCAUAUUACUUUAUCAGUGGCAAGGGAUUCUGCCUUGAAGGCAUGAAAGUUGCAAUAAAUGUUGAGGAAUUCCCACCAGAAAAGCCAGGGUUUCUUAUGACCAGCAGGGCUUUCUCAUUUCACAGAGAGAGCCACGUUAUGUUUUCUCUGCUACUGGCCUCAGCUUGGGUCUUCACUUAA